UACGAUAAGGGCAAUCAACGUAAUUACAUGGAAAAAUCCGGGCACUUGCGCAGAGGAGAUCUGAUGGACUCCCAUGGGGACGGAUAAGAAUUAGCUUGUCUUCCUUGUCCCCUGUUCCUCUAGGGGCUACGAGUUGCGUUCUCGAUCUAUUAUAAUAGGCCCGAAGGAGCCUAAAAGGGGAGGAAGCGAUAAGAGAUCAAGGGGGAGGGGGUGCGCGAAGAUUCGUGCUAGGAGGGUUUCUCGGCGAUGGAGAAGGGCCAGCUCGAGAGGAGGGAUAAGGGCCUGAAGCUCUUCGGUGUGAGGAUCGUGGGCGAUGGGGGCGCAGGGGAGUUGGAGUUGGAGGAGGAGGAGGUGAUGCGGAAGAGCUCCAGCAUGGGGAAUUUGACCUCCUGCACCGCGGACCCGGCCGGAGAUCACGUUGGCGGCGAGCAAGGUUACCUCUCUGAUGGUGGCCUCCACCAAUCCUCGAAGAUGAGGAGAAGGCACGAGCGGAAGAGAGGAGUACCAUGGACAGAAGAAGAGCACAGAACGUUUUUGGCUGGACUGGAAAAGCUUGGGAAGGGAGACUGGAGAGGAAUUUCACGGAACUUUGUGACCACUAGAACCCCGACCCAAGUAGCCAGUCAUGCUCAGAAGUAUUUCCUUAGACAGAACAAUCCUGGCAAAAAGAAACGCCGAUCCAGCCUCUUCGACAUGGUGAUCAAUGAUGAAGCUGCGGUCCCUGAAACAGCUUCAGCAUUAUCUCCAAAGAAGCCCUGUGAAGCUAAGGAAGAAACGAAUAAUUUAAGCCUGGACAAACUUUUGAUGGGUUCCCCAGCUCUUGUUACCACCCAAGUGGCAUCUCGAGGUUUAGAUGCUUCCUCGGUCUCACCACUGAUGGCAAGCCAUGGUAGCAUUACCAACAUCUCUAGUGCCAAUCUCAUGGUUGGAAUCUCAGACAGCAGUGCUGGAGAACAACAGGUCAUCCCAACCUUAUCCCUCAUCUCACCACUCAAUGUUCCUGAGCAGGUGGCUACAGUGUUACAAGCCAGCACCACAUGUGCCCCAAAUUUUCCCAAAUUGUCUUUGCCUCAUCCUCCAUCUACUGCCACAUCUUCGUUGGUUGAAAGCAGCGAUUUGGAGCUAAGCAUCGCACCACCUCGGCCACACAGUCUGACUAAGUUAUCCUCUCAGGGUGUGGCUGGGGCUAUUAGAGUAGUCUAGUUGGUUUUGGAUUAUUUCUUGAUGCUUGUACCUCUGAGACUUGUUCCGCAAUAAAUGGAUAAUUUGAAGAAAUAGGCAGUGUUUUAUUAGAUCAAA